UCCCACUGGUUUAUUGUUUUGAUUUCUCAGGUUGUGUUUCCGUUACACUCGCAGCUAACGUGUCGACGUCAGAGACAUUUUUUAAGACCAGCAGCUCUCUCGAUGAUUUUUUGUUUUUAUCUCAGACCCGAACGUGACACAUUAACAUGACGGCGUGGAGCAGAUAACGAGCUUCCUGUCGAUAAAGAUGAUUUCUCUGAGAUAAGCUAACUUUAGCCGCUUGGCUAACGCAGCGUACGUAGCUUCGGUUCCAACAUGACAGGGACGAGGAGCUGUGUGUAGCGAGGACCGAGCUCACACCGGACCGCACUGGGCUCGUGUUCUUCGGAUACUGGUUUCCAGCACUGACCUGUCACCGUGUUGGAAGUGAGCUCAAGUGUUUAACAUCCAGCCGGCGAACAGUGUCGGGCCCUCUCUCUCUCUCUCGAUGGGUGAGGAAAAGCCGGACACGCUGGACUUUGUGAAGGACUUCCAGGAGUAUCUGAGCCAGCAGACCCAGCAUGUCAACAUGAUAUCCGGCUCGGUCAGCGGCGUCAAGGAGGCGGACGAUUUGCCAGCAGACUGCAGUCAGAAUGGCCUGGAUCACCCCACAGUGGACAUGUCCCUGGAGGACAGUUCAGGGAUCCUCGUGGAUGGCUUCGAGAGGACCUACGACGGCAAGCUCAAGUGCCGCUACUGCAACUACGCCACCAGAGGCACAGCACGACUCAUCGAGCACAUCCGAAUUCACACAGGAGAGAAGCCGCACCGCUGCCACCUCUGCCCAUUCGCCUCAGCCUACGAGCGCCACCUGGAGGCCCACAUGCGGUCGCACACGGGCGAGAAGCCGUACAAGUGUGAGCUGUGCUCCUUCCGCUGCAGUGACCGUAGCAACUUGUCGCACCACCGCCGCAGACGCCACAAACUCCUCCCAAUGAAAGGCGCCCGCUCCCUCUCCCACAAGAAGAUGCUGAGUGUUUUACAGAAGAAGGCCAGCUCUUUGGGUUAUGGUCGCCGGCUGCUCAUCAACUUCAGCCCCCCUUCUAUGGUGGUGCACAAGGCGGAUAAUGUGAAUGACUUCUCUCACGAGCUGCCCCACUUACGUCCGGAGACCUAUGGUAAUCAGAGCGGGGCAGUCGAGGACGAGCUCGCCACUAAUCAAAAUCAUAUUCCCCAUGAUAUGAUUAUGGAUAACCCCCUGAACCAGCUGUCCACACUUGCAGGCCAGUUGGCCAGCCUCCCGUCAGAGUCCCAGGCCCUGACUCAACCUCCCAUGUCUCCAGGAGCAGAAUCCAUCGUCGAUGAGAAGCCAUUCCUUAUCCAGCCGCCCCACACUUCCACAGCUCCUGGAGAUGUCACAGCCAGCGUGGCUCGCGCCUCCUCCUCAUCCCCAAUCACCCCAGAGCCCCGGGCUCCCCCACACAGCCACUGCAGCCCUGGAGUAGGACUCUGCAGCGAGCACAGUGGUCGCACCAGUACGCCUAGUGUCUCCAACAGCCAACCCAGUACGCCAGCCCCAGGCCUUUCCGCCCCACUCCAAGACCACCACACGCUGCAUCACUGCCAGCACUGUGACAUCUACUUCCCCGACAACAUCCUCUACACAAUCCACAUGGGCUGCCAUGGCUACGAGAACCCAUUUCAGUGCAACAUCUGCGGCUACAAGUGCAAGAGCAAGUAUGACUUCGCCUGCCACUUUGCCCGCGGGCAGCACAAGUGAUGGAUGGACGAGGAAACAUCUGAACGAACUUUCAAUGGACAGCUUUGUUUUUAUUAAUUCCACAGUAACUUUAUUUAUUGGUCUUUUACUUGGCCUUGAUGUAGCCUAGCCUUGACCGUUGUACUUAUACAGGAAAAUGGCAAAAUUCCGAUGGUUCCUUUUUGUAUAAUUAAAGGUGCCCAUUCAAGUGUAUUAUUAAGGGAUGAUCAGUGUUUUCGUAAAGGUUGAGAAUUUAUUUGUGGUGGUGGAGAGAGUCAUAUUCAUGGGAAACUGGAAAAACUGAAAUAACGCUAAGUUGAGCUUAACUGAUUACCUGACUUUUCAAAUUUGUCUUUAAAGUGAAACGUAUUCACCCUCAAUGAUGCGAUAAGAUAGCAGAUCAAUAACCGAUUUACAGAUUAUUUGACUUUUUGAUUGAAAACCAGGGACUGCUAGAUCAAAUCAUCCCUUUCAAGGGACACCACCAAUGUAGAGGGCUAUUGUUUUUUUUGUAGUUGCAAGGUGGAAUUUUUUCACCUCCCAGAGGAAACAUGACUGUAGCUCACCUGUGCCUGUUAAGAGAGUGAAGUGGGAGGUUCACUCUCACAUUUACAAAUCAAGGGGUAAUCUGACUGGACCACUCAAAUAAAUUCUCAACCCUCCCGGACUUAUAGAUCCAUAUUUCUCCAAUGUUUCUCACACAGGAGCCAAACUGUCUGACUUGAGUUACUAACUUAAGCCUUGUUGGAAGUUAUUUCAGUGGCUUGGUGCAUUACUACUAUUUCUUUGCAGUGCCUGACAAAGUCACCUUUCUUGUGUGUCCAAGAUAAAGAGGACUGUUACUUUUUAAGAUUAUUAUUACACAUACCUCUUCUUACUGUAACUGAUAGGCCCAGAACCUUAGAAAAAAUAAGUUUGGCCGUCGCUCUCUAUGGCGGCCAUGACUAUUUUUCUUUCUUUUGCCAAAAUUCUGCUCAAUUAAUGCUGCUAAGAAACUUUAAAAUCAUCUGUGCCAGCUGUUCAACACAGGUGACACCCAGUUAACACCUGGCCAAACUUUGUACCAGGGAUUCUGGUCAGCCAGCAAAGUUGUUCAACUACAUUUUACUGACCUGUUGUUUUCGAAGUUCCUCCACACACUUUGAAUCACAUCAUGUUACAUUCUGAUCUUUUGAUAUGGUUUGAAGUCACUUUAAUACCCAGUAUCUCCAUGUGUAGGACAGAAUCACCAAGUCUCGUGUCUCGUGAUCACUUUUUUCAGAAUUGCCACGUAGCCCUGGGAAUACCACCUUUUAGCCUUUGUGAGAUUCCCCCAUUUAUCAUAUGGAUCCCAGUGCUUUUCUGAAUAUUUACUGAGUAUUGUAUUGAGUGGUUGGAUUGAUGUUCAGUGUCAAAAAAGCAAAACCAUGUUGCAGUCCGACUGCUUCUUUAGCAAGAUUGUUCUUUGUCACGGGUACUGUUGUCUGUUGCUUAGCAACAUGCGUGGAGCUCAUAGUUACUGUUUGUAGGACCCCCCCCCCCUCUCUCUGUCACCAUGCUAACCAGUAAUAAGAGCAUCCAGUACUGACUGCCUAAGGCUCUCUGUGUGUCGUAGGUUCUUAGGUGAAUGUUGAAGCCUCCUGGCGAUCACUCUCCCUCUGGGAUGGCAAAUCAUUUUAAUGUGAGAUGGAUAAACUAAUUUAUAAGUAAAGUGUUUUCUAACUGAGCUGCUCUUUGUCUUUUGGUUUCUUUUUUCUCCUCCUUCUUUGUGCUCAAGAAGAGAAAAUAAAGAAGUGACAUUA